GCCACCAGAACAAAGCAGGAGGAGUCACCAAACGCAUGCGUACAAUCGGAGCAAGUAGCAGUAGCAGUAAACAGAGCAGUAGAAGAAAAGAAAAAGAUUUAGUAAAACUUUAGUUUAAGGGAGGAGGAGGAGGAGCACUUGGUUCUCUCGACACGAGAAAAGGUGAAACAGUGCUAGUUAAAUAGUGGCAAUAAUUGUUCGGUUUAGCUUUUUGGGAAUCCCGGCGCCACUGUUUCCAUCUCCUAGCGCUGAAUUCCAAGAGAUCUCCUCCUCUCUCUCUCUGUCCUGGCAAUCACAGCAGUAGCAGCAGCAGCAGCAGCAGCAGCAGCAGCAGCGAAUUCUCUCUUUCUCUCGUCGUCGUCGUUGUCUCUCCCCCUUCCGUUUGGUGGUGCAAGUUGAGGUGGAAUCGGCACACGGCUUUGGCUUUUUUGGGCGGAGAGGAGAGGAGAGGAGCAGGGGAGAGCUUGGCUCUGCUUCUUUCUUCGUUCGUCGUCCGGUUUCUCUCUCGCCUUUGGGAGGCGGGGCCGCCGCUUUUCUGGGCCUCCCCAUUGGAAGGCGCAAAGGUGGACGCGCACCAAUUUAAAGGCGGCCGAGAUCGAGCCAAACGAGGGAACCGAGCCGAGCGCCACCACCUCCCACCUCACGCACUGCCCAGCCUACCUCAGUGUACGCGCGCGCCCGUGUACUCGCCGCCGCCGCCGCUGCCGCUUCAGGGACACGCCAAGAAUCUGCGGGCGCGGCUGCUUCGCUUCCACACCGCGCGGGUUAGCGGCGCGUUUCGCGAGCAAAGGAAGUGUAUCGUGCUAUUUUCUAUAAUCUGGUUGUGGUUGUUGGAAAGAUAUUUUUGCUAAAGUUUUGAUAUCAUCGUCGUAGUUUGGAUGGCACCCUUGGUUAUUUUGGUGGGUUUAUCGAGCUCUGGAUGCCGAACUCGCCUAUGCUUCAUCAAAACGGAAGUAUAACUGGUGCUACAAAAGUUCCCUCAUUGAAAAAGAAAGUUAACAAAGUCAAGCAUUCUUCCAAAGCUUGAUUAUGUUUUUUUGAGGCUGAAGGGGGAGCAUAGAAUUUCAUCUGGCAUGCAGAUGUCAACAAAUCCUAACCACUAUCCGGUAUUUCCACAUUCAUUCCGCAACCAACAUGUGGUCUCAUUCCAAACAAGCACAAUUGCCAAUGGCUCAGGAGCCAUCCCAGUUUGCCCAGCCAGUUCGGGAGGGAUGAACAGCGAUAUGACAUUGCUGAACACCACACCUUCAACGAUUGUUUCAACAUCUUCACCCAACAUGCUUGCUGAUUCUAACCAGAGCCUCAAGUAUGCUGCACCAAUGGCUGUGGAUUGGUCAUAUCCUGAGUUACAGCUACUGAACGACGGCCUCCUUAAAUAUGCAAAUGAACCGGGAAUCAUGAAGUAUAUCAAGAUAGCAGCUAUGUUACCAGAGAAGACAGUAAGGGAUGUAGCCAUGAGAUGCCAAUGGAUGGCGGCGAAAAAGGAAAAUACAAGACGAAGGAAGACCGAUGAACAUUAUCUUGGAAAAAAGACAAGAGAUCGAAAGGAUAAAAUGGUGGAGUCUUCAUGGGCUACCAAUCGACAAGUUCAGACAACAGAUAUUAGAAGUCCUUCCACCUUGGCAUGUAACACAGUUCGUGAUAAUCAAUUUCAGUCUGGAGCCUCUGAAAUUGAUCGCGCAAUGCUUAAUAUAUUGGAAGAAAAUGCUCGGGUUCUCAAACAAAUAGGAGAAAAUAUUAUGACAUCACAGGUUCAGAACAAUAUUGAUCUAUUCCAUCAUGCAAGAAGGAACAUCAGUGAUCUUCUACAAAGCAUGAGCCAAAUGCCUGGGAUAAUGAGCAAAAUGCCUCCGCUGCCAGUUUCGAUUGAUGACAGGCUAGCUAGUUACAUACUCCCUGGAGUCAAUUUGGCACAAGUUUUCGGCAGCAGCCAUUUGAGGAGCUAAGAGAAUGGUAAGCCACAGCCAAACAAGGUGGCUUCAAUUUUCAGCAGAAAUUUGAAGAUUAUGUUAAUGUUUGGAGAGCCAUUUGCCUCGAUUUCUGCAUGGAGAAGCAGAGACAAAACAUUGAUCUUGCUUUUCCUGUGCCUGGAAGUUGAAGGAAGAAAUGCAAGUAACGUGGUUACAUGGCCUUCAAAUAAAAGCAGUCGAGCUUGCCUUCUAUUGAAGACUGCAGGCAAUAUAUAUUAAUAUUGUUAUUAUACUAGUGAUCGAAAUAGCGAGGGUUUUUCGGCAAUUGCAGUAGUUUCUUUGUUGCACAUAUCGAUUCUUUUUGGUUUCUCCCCUGAUGUCUUCUGCUCCAGACCAAGUGGCGAUCUUAACAGAGGUGUAGCAUAGAAAUUUGAUAUGAAUAAUUAGCAGGAAAAGCCUUUUUGUUAGUUAUACAAGGUAACCUGUCUCUGUCUGUAAUGCAAGUGCUUACUCUCUGGAAUCACUCUCCACUGUAUGAGCUAAGUAUAACGAAACUGCAAGUUUCCAGCAGAACUCUCGUUAAGUGUAAUUGCUAGGAGAUGUUUGAUUUUAGAGUAAAUUCUGAUGAAUUCCUGAUAUUACGGUA